AUGUGGACAGGAUAUGCCAUCAUAGCAGGCUGGAACCAAAGAAAUAAUAAUAUUCAAAAGGAGCUCCUGCUGGUGAAAGUGGCAGCGCUCGUGGGGAGCAGGGGCUCAACAACAGCGGAUGCUGCAGCAGCGACGGCUGUGGCGUCAACAACCCCGACAUCGACGGCGGCGCCGGCACGCGGCCUGACGAUAAGCAGGUGGCGCCGCACCCCAGGGAACGCGGCGAACCGAUCGCCGACGGACGGGAAGGUGGAGCCUCGGUUGGUGCAGACGGCCCCACUGCCAGAGGCGAGUCUCGGAGUGUCCGGAAUUUCAGACACACUGACGGGCACCAAGCUGGCCUUGGCCCAGAAGCUGCUGGAACACCCCCUCAUCGCCAAGAUCAUUCGGCCCAUCGUCGACUACGUCAGCGGCACCAACAGUGGCGUCGACGGAACAGGAGGCGAGCUGCUCAACCCCAGCUACUUCGGAAGCAGCUUCAGCUUCCCAUUCGCGUUCCGCACCAACUUCUUCAAUUCUGAAAACGGCACUGCUGAGGCGGCUGACACCAAGGACGCGCACCCAGGCACCGACGACAGCAAGGAAGGCACCUCUGGUGACUCGGUGCAGGUAAGGGACGCGAAGGGAGUGCGCCCUGGCGGCGACGUGCAGCACUACCGCCUGGCCGUGGCGAAGCGUGGGCGACCCGGCGCCCCCAUGCCGGCGCAGUAACGCAACAAACGCAGCCCAGCCCAUCCUAGCCUAGCCUCACACAGCAUCGAGUGGCGACCUCCCCUACAGUCUCCCUGUAACAAGAGUUCGUGGACUGCGAAUCGAAUAACUGGUCUCUCUGUAGCAGCAAGGGGCACUUUGGCAAAAGACUGAGCCUUUCCUAGCACCUCGUUCAAGUACUGCGAGAGUAGCAAGAUUUGAUUCGCAACUGACGCACUG